AUUUUAUAUGUUAAUUGUAAGUUAUGGUCAGUGGUUUUGUGUGUCGGUAUCUAUCGGUACUAACAUGCAAGGUAUCCUCAUUGUUCGUUCCCUUCAUCUAGUUUACAUCAAAAGGUGAUAAAAUCUGUAGUUCCUGAUGACGUCACAUCACUACCUUUCAGCCUCUGUAUCUCGUCCGUCGCCUCAUGGAUCUUAUGCGAUUAAAUUAUACGCGUGUGUGCUUUAUACAAAGUAUAAAUUGUAGCGAUGAAGUUUUUUCUUUUCUUUUAAAUGUGGUCUUAUCUGCUAUACCCUCCACACUAGAUACACACACGGACAUGCGUCCGGCUAACCCUUCAUAUACACACACGGACAUCCGUCUAGCUAACCUUUCAGAUACACACACGGACAUCCGUACAGCUAACCCUUCAGAUACACACACGGACAUCCGUACAGCUAACCCUUCAGAUACACCCACGGACACCCGUACAGCUAACCCUUCAGAUACACACACGGACAUCCGUACAGCUAACCCUUCAUAUACACACACGGACACCCGUACAGCUAACCCUUCAGAUACACCCACGGACAUCCGUACAGCUAACCCUUCAGAUACACACACGGACAUCCGUACAGCUAACCCUUCAGAUACACCCACGGACAUCCGUCCAGCUAACCCUUCAGAUACACCCACGGACACCCGUACAGCUAACCCUUCAGAUACACCCACGGACAUCCGUCCAGCUAACCCUUCAGAUACACACACGGACACCCGUACAGCUAACCCUUCAGAUACACACACGGACAUCCGUCCAGCUAACCCCUUCAGAUACACCCACGGACACCCGUACAGCUAACCCUUCAGAUACACACACGGACACCCGUACAGCUAACCUUUCAGAUACACACACGGACAUCCGUCCAGCUAACCUUUCAGAUACACACACGGACAUACGUCCAGCUAACCCCUUCAGAUACACACACGGACAUAUAUACACACACGGACACCUGUCCAGCUAAUCCUUCAGCAACUUGAACACCUGUUUAGCUAAUCCAUACGGAAAUUAAUUAAACCCUUACUAACAGAAUAAGCUGCACAAUGGCACGACACACACGGCAGUCAUGGGAAAAGUCCUGGCAUAUUGACAAAUGUAAUUUGUUGUAAAUUAAUUAACUCAAGUGCAAGGUUGACUAUCAACAAAGUGUCACUCCAUUCGACGAUCUUAGCUAAAACAACAUAAUCGGAGUGUUCGUACCUGAGAAUUUAGUACGUAUUUUGACCACAUGCCUUUUUCCUUUUUAUUAAAUCGACCUUUUAUCAAAAUUAAUAUCUAUACCUUUUGACAUGAACCUUUGUUUGUGAUGUAGUACUGUUAUGUACAUUUUAUCUUGCUAAAAUUGAUGAGAGUCUGUAUUUUUUCUAAUUGUGUGAAUGUG